AUUUGCACUCGCAUUGUGUUGUUUGUCUCUGAAGCCGCCUCAUGACCAGCAAAGGGAUUUCACCUCGUCCUUGAGAGCAACACGGGGAGCGCGAGCGAGCGGGCGAGCGAGAGACGGGGGGAGAGAGAGGGACACGCGCGCGCACACACACACACCGGCACACACGCACACACACAGACACACACACACAGAGUGAAAAAGGCGAGCCACCAAAACCCAUCUCCAGUCUCCUCCCGGGGGCCCCCAGCCCGCCUCUGUGCCACUUUGCAUCCCACGCCGGAGGAGGCAUUAACGAGACCGGGUAAGGCUUUUUAACCAGUCCAAGGUGUAGAGACAUACUUCAGGAGGAUCCUCAGAAGUUUUGGACAAGCCUCCCCCAAUGUGGCAGGUGCCGUGCUGGCCAUUGGUGACCCAAAGAUGAUGAAAAAUAUGUUCCUGCCCGCGAGGAGUUAGCGACCUACUGGGCUUUCCUCUUGCUGAUGACAUGAUUCCUGUUUGAAUCUGUUGACAAGAUUCUGAAAGCCGAACAGAGAAUUCUGGCACUGCAUUGGGUAGGAAAAAGAGAUGAGGUUUCAUCAUGUCGGCCAGUCUGGGCUUGAACUCCUGACCUCAGCUUUUCAAGAAAUAGAUAAUAUCAAGGAGACUGGGACACCGGGAGUGGGAGAGAUUGGACUGGGAGACUCAGCAGUAAGAUUAUAGAGCUGUGCUGCCUACCAUCACCACAGUACACAUUUAGAACAUUUCCAUCAUCCUCAAAAAGAUACCUCGUGUCCAUUUGCAGUUAAUCUUUGUUCCAGGAUGUCUUCCAAGCGACCAGCCUCUCCGUAUGGGGAAGCAGAUGGAGAGGUAGCCAUGGUGACAAGCAGACAGAAAGUGGAAGAAGAGGAGAGUGACGGGCUCCCAGCCUUUCACCUUCCCUUGCAUGUGAGUUUUCCCAACAAGCCUCACUCUGAGGAAUUUCAGCCAGUUUCUCUGCUGACGCAAGAGACUUGUGGCCAUAGGACUCCCACUUCUCAGCACAAUACAAUGGAAGUUGAUGGCAAUAAAGUUAUGUCUUCAUUUGCCCCACACAACUCAUCUACCUCACCUCAGAAGGCAGAAGAAGGUGGGCGACAGAGUGGCGAGUCCUUGUCUAGUACAGCCCUGGGAACUCCUGAACGGCGCAAGGGCAGUUUAGCUGAUGUUGUUGACACCUUGAAGCAGAGGAAAAUGGAAGAGCUCAUCAAAAACGAGCCGGAAGAAACCCCCAGUAUUGAAAAGCUACUCUCAAAGGACUGGAAAGACAAGCUUCUUGCAAUGGGAUCGGGGAACUUUGGCGAAAUAAAAGGGACUCCCGAGAGCUUAGCUGAGAAAGAAAGGCAACUCAUGGGCAUGAUCAACCAGCUGACCAGCCUACGAGAGCAGCUGUUGGCUGCCCACGAUGAGCAGAAGAAACUAGCUGCCUCUCAGAUUGAGAAACAGCGUCAGCAAAUGGAGCUGGCCAAGCAGCAACAAGAACAGAUUGCAAGACAACAGCAGCAGCUUCUGCAGCAACAACACAAAAUCAAUUUGCUCCAGCAACAGAUCCAGCAGGUUCAAGGUCAGCUGCCGCCAUUAAUGAUUCCCGUAUUCCCUCCUGAUCAACGGACACUGGCUGCAGCUGCCCAGCAAGGAUUCCUCCUCCCUCCAGGCUUCAGCUAUAAGGCUGGAUGUAGUGACCCUUACCCUGUUCAGCUGAUCCCAACUACCAUGGCAGCUGCUGCCGCAGCAACACCAGGCUUAGGCCCACUCCAACUGCAGCAGUUAUAUGCUGCCCAGCUAGCUGCAAUGCAGGUAUCUCCAGGAGGGAAGCUGCCAGGCAUACCCCAAGGCAACCUUGGUGCUGCUGUAUCUCCUACCAGCAUUCACACAGACAAGAGCACAAACAGCCCACCACCCAAAAGCAAGGAUGAAGUGGCACAGCCACUGAACCUAUCAGCUAAACCCAAGACCUCUGAUGGCAAAUCACCCACAUCACCCACCUCUCCCCACAUGCCAGCUCUGAGAAUAAACAGUGGGGCAGGCCCCCUCAAAGCCUCUGUCCCAGCAGCGUUAGCUAGCCCUUCAGCCAGAGUUAGCACAAUAGGUUACUUAAAUGACCAUGAUGCUGUCACCAAGGCAAUCCAAGAAGCUCGGCAAAUGAAGGAGCAACUUCGACGGGAACAACAGGUGCUUGAUGGGAAGGUGGCUGUUGUGAACAGUCUGGGUCUCAAUAACUGCCGGACAGAAAAGGAAAAAACAACACUGGAGAGUCUGACUCAGCAACUGGCAGUUAAACAGAAUGAAGAAGGAAAGUUUAGCCAUGCAAUGAUGGAUUUCAAUCUGAGUGGAGAUUCUGAUGGAAGUGCUGGAGUUUCAGAGUCAAGAAUUUAUAGGGAAUCCAGAGGGCGUGGCAGCAAUGAACCCCACAUAAAGCGUCCAAUGAACGCCUUCAUGGUGUGGGCUAAAGAUGAACGGAGAAAGAUCCUUCAAGCCUUUCCUGACAUGCACAACUCCAACAUCAGCAAGAUAUUGGGAUCUCGCUGGAAAGCUAUGACAAACCUAGAGAAACAGCCAUAUUAUGAGGAGCAAGCUCGUCUCAGCAAGCAGCACCUGGAGAAGUACCCUGAUUAUAAGUACAAGCCCAGGCCAAAGCGCACCUGUCUCGUGGAUGGCAAAAAGCUGCGCAUUGGUGAAUACAAGGCAAUCAUGCGCAACAGGCGGCAGGAAAUGCGGCAGUACUUCAAUGUUGGGCAACAAGCACAGAUCCCCAUCGCCACUGCCGGUGUUGUGUACCCUGGAGCCAUCGCCAUGGCUGGAAUGCCCUCCCCUCACCUGCCCUCGGAGCACUCAAGCGUGUCUAGCAGCCCAGAGCCUGGGAUGCCUGUUAUCCAGAGCACUUAUGGUGUGAAAGGAGAGGAGCCACAUAUCAAAGAAGAGAUACAGGCCGAGGACAUCAAUGGAGAAAUUUAUGAUGAGUACGACGAGGAAGAGGAUGAUCCAGAUGUAGAUUAUGGGAGUGACAGUGAAAACCAUAUUGCAGGACAAGCCAACUGAUAAGGGUCAAAAAAUUGUUGUGACCUUAGGACUUAAAGAAGCCCUAACUGGUUCAUCCUUACCAGUGGCCAAGCACAUUAACUUUCUCAUACACUGACUGUUACUUUAACUGUUAGUCUUAAAUAGUUGGGACAUCAGCUGACUAAUAGACCUCAGCCUCAAAAGGCUUGGAAAGAAAAAAAAAAAAUACAACAAGCAAACAACAAUAUCAACAACAAGAGAUUGAAAUAAGCUAUGGGUAAAAUAAUGCCAGUAAUUCAGCUGCUACAUCCAAGCACUGAAGUCUUACCCGUCAACUUUUUUUUUUUUUUUUAAAUAAACUUUAUGGCUGUUUGUUCUACAAUGUUCUAGAAAUUCUCACUCAGGUACACAGUGCCAACAAGUGGCUUGUGAAUGUGUUUUGUUGUUUUGUGCUACAAUUUUUAAAAAGAAAUAAGUUUUGUUUUGUUUUUUGGGGUUUCUGGGUUUUUUCCUUUUCUUUUUCUUUCCUUUCAUUUUUUUUUCUUUGUAAUGCACCUGACAGAAAAAAAAGAAAAAUGAAUUUCUCUUUACUUCUCUCCACCUUCUCCAUCUCUAUACUUUAAAGAUGGAAGUCUGUGCAUGAGGGGGAAGAGGGAAAAAGAGCCUGUUUUUAACUUCCUUGCUAUCCACCACAAAAUAAGCAAUUAUUUUCUUUAGAGGACUUUCUUUAUCUAUUGCACACCACACUACAUCUUUGAGCAAGUGCCAAAUUUGUACUGAAGCGUUGACCAAGUUCAUUUUUUCCCUUUACUUUUUCCUGUUCCUUCUUAAGUUAGGACAGUGUUAAAUCUUAGACAAUCCCUUGAAAAACCUGAAAUACCAGCAGCUGGUGAGAUUUGACUUUUUUUUUUUAAUGGAAACUGUAGGUGCUGUUCUCAGGUGAAAAGAGAGAGAGAGACAUAAGAAAUUUAGAGAAAAAUAUUUUCUGAUCUUGGAUUUUUGUGUGUAUGUAUGUGUGUGAUUAUGGUACUAAUAGGAAUAACGUUGGACCAUUGUGAGUUAAACCCACAUCUGGGGAUGAAAUCCCACAUCCUCCCAAGUGACUGGUCUAGAAAUAAUCUUGACCUUGACUUUGCACUUCAAAUGACAACUUAACCAAGUAUAGGGCUCAGAAAUUAUAUUUUUAAAUGUCUAAUAUGAUGAUUAUUGGAUGGAUCAGGUGGCCCUGUGUAAUAGAGGUGUGCAUGUAUAACAUGGAAGCUACUAGCAAACUGCUCCCAGAUGUCCUUUCUCCCUGGUCAGUUGGUUCCAUUAACGUUUGCUACUUAGUGAUUUUUGUUUUUCCUGUUGAUAUUUCGAGCAAAACAAUCAUUGUUUUCAUUGAAUAUAUUUGGCCAUUUUUCAGACAAAUAGAAUUAGCUUAUUUCUUCAACAUUCCAUCCUUUCCCGAUCAGGAAAUGAAACUGAUGAUUUUAUAAGGUAUUUUUCACCCCUCCAUGAAACGAGGUGGAGGCCUUUAGCAUUUCAGAAGUGUGGGCCAUGUGUAGUUCAUGCCAUAAAAAGUAGGAUUUAAUUAAAAGUCAUUGCAGUCCAACAAAAUGGAGCCUGACUGCACCCAGGGAUUCUUGCCACUGCUCUUCCCUUGCUGUCAGAUGAAUCCACUGAAGUCCAACUUUGGUUUGAGCAGAGUAUUUGCGAAGAGCAACAACUGAAUGUGAUGGGACUGCUUAUGUAGAUUUUGCCAGCCAAAUGCCAAGGCAGUUGUAGGGCCUGUACAAAUAAAUGCAAAAUCAUUUCAAGUCAAUUGCCAUUAUUUGUAUUGAAGUAUCAGAUAGUAAAUACUGCAACUAGUAGCUCGAUGUGCUAUAGUUUUCACUCCAGUCAUCAUUUUCCUAUCUCACCCCCUGAAACACCACCCUAAAGUCGGAUUUUUACAUAUAAAUAAUAAAAAAAAAAAGAAUCCCUUUUAUUUUUCUCUCUCUCAGAAGACUUGCUCUGGGGUUUUGCUUGGAGGAGCUGAUCAUAGCCUGCAUGUCAGAGAUUUCAUUUUGUUUGUUUUUCUGUUUGUUUUUGAUGACUUUAUUUUCAUUUGAACUGCCUCUUUUUGCUAGUGUUGUAAUAAUGAUGAUGAUGAUAAAAUAAUAAUAAUAAUAGUAAUAAUAAUAAUAAUGGUCAGCUGUUCCCAGAUUAGUAAGUUAUGUAUAAUUUAUUUUAUUUCUCCCUUUCUAUUUUAUUCUGCUCUGAUUUGGAAGUGCAGCCAAUAAGCUGUUAGAUAUUUAAAACAAAUUUCCAUCUCCAACUCAUAUAUGUAUGUAUAUGUAUAUAUAUACAUAUAUAUAUAUAUAUACACACACACACACACAUUUACCCACAAUUUUACUUCUCCUUCCAUAAGUUUUCUCCUUUUUAAGAAUUUUGGCCCCAACAAUAUCAGUUCUGAUGUUUAAAACAAAGGAGUGAAUUAAUAGGAGGGUCGUGUUCAAUCUUAAUUAACUUAUGCUCUCAUCACUCAUUUUAGUUAUUUAAUUGCCACAGUCAUCUAGAGCCAAUUUUUUUUUUUUGUUUCUGUUUGUUUUGUUUUCAAGCACUCUGGAUAAGGAAAAAAUAGACACUUGUUUUUAUAUCAUUUUUAUGUACAAUGUGAAAACAGAUUUUUAAAAAAUUUGUUCUCUGUCUUUGUUAACAAAUUCCUUCUGAUUUAUGUGGGUUCACCUCUCACGUUUGCUGGAUACUUACUUUACACCAUGUUAUAAAAGAUGGUUUGUUUUCAUUUCAUGACUUUGGGCUACAAGAAUACUUUGUUUUAGCUCCAGGUAGAUGCCAUUGAAGGCAUUCGUGGCUGAAACCAAUUCUAACACACUUACCAGUGAAUUGACAACAACACGUUGGUGUUUGGUCUUUUUUGUUUGUUUGUUUUAUUUUGUUUUAUUUGAAGGGGAAAACAAAAUUGUUAAUGGUGACUUUUAACUGCUGAAAUUCAAAAGUUGAUUUUAGUUAGGUUUAUGUCCGAGACUAAACUGUGCAUGAACUGAAACAAAAAGCAAGUUCAUAGCCCUGCAUUCUGUUCUCUUGUUCUGACGUUUAAUUCACUGGAUAUCAAAUUUUCUUUGCCCUAGUUUUCCCCAAAGGAAAACAAAAGCAAAAAUAAUUAUAUUAAUGUUGAAAGUGCUUUGAAGUCACUUGAUAAAAGGUGCUAUGAAUAGCAACUUACUGUGUUACUACAUUGCCUUUUUGGCAUUGGUUGAUUUAUAAUUUUGGUAAAGGAUCCUAAAACCCUGUAUUCUUUUUCUGUGCCUCAUAAUGACCAAAAAAGAUAAAGUAAAGAAAAUGAGAGUAAGAUCAAAAGAUCAAACUAAAACAUAAACAGUCUCACUCCUCUCUGCUUUCUUCUCUGUCCACACUUUAUCUCUUUUCCUUUCUCCCUCUCUCACAUGCACACACACACACACACACACACACACACACACACACACUUGCCCCGACACUGAGAAAUAAUCUUGCCAGAAUUCUGGUUUUUAAUGUUGUUGUAGUCAGUUUUUCUAAAAAUAGUCCUGUUUUCAUAUGAAUCUAAGACAACAUCACUGGAUAAAAUAAAGUUACUCAUUUAUAGUUACUAAUAAUAACUUAGUGAUUAAGUUACUACCAUUGGAUAAAAUAUAAAACUAUUCUUCAGUACAUUUAUACCUAAAUUACUGAAGUCCAUUUUUAAAGUUCAUUUGGCAUCUGCAGUUAAGAGUUAACCAUGUAUAAAAUCCCUCCCAAAGAACAUAAUCAUCAUUGUUAAAACCAAAUCCUCUUAUAAAGAACAAAUAUUAAAAAAAAGUUUUCUUUGGUGAAGCUAUUUCAUAGAUUUGAUUUCUGGAGUAGAAUUUUACCUUAUCUAAAGAAAAUUAACCAUUUUUUGGUCCAACUUCAGCUAUUUUCUUAAUCCAGAAGCUGUGACUGUUCUGAAAAGAAACCUCUUAUAUCACAUUUUUAAAACAAAAAAUAAUUACACUUUCAUUCAUUCUAAUGGGUAAAUUAUUGAAUUGUAAUAAACAACUGUAUAUUUACAAACAGGUUUAUAAGAUAUUUGUCUAUCAAAUUAAUAGUAAAAUAAAACUUAUGGGGUCCACAAGGAAAACUAUGAAGGCCACUUAAAGUGGUUCAGGUAUCUCUUUGUCUUGUAGGGCAUAGCUGUUGGUUUAGCCAGGCUUUGACAGUAUUUAAUUUUAAAGUUUCCUAUAACUAUCAGCUUCCCAGGUUGAAGAUGAUGUGUUGAGUUUCCUACUGAUUGAUUCCUGUCCUCCCCAGUGUUUCUGUCACUGGUUCACUAAAACAGUAUUUAUAUAGCUCCACUGGCUCUAAAGCUCUUAGUCCUUCUAACAUUUUGGAUUUUACAAGUAAAAAUGGAAAAAAAAAAAAAAUAGAAAAGAGACAAUCAAAUGCCUGGAGCUUAAAACAAAGUAUGUGCAACCUACCAUCUCACUUGAAAUUUAAUGAAAUAAAUAAUUAUGUAAAUAUAACAUAGAGUUAUAGAUUUAUAUUUUGUUCAUAACACAUAGUGUAAUAUAAGUUGUAUAUUUUCAUGUUUUUGGUUUUAUGUUAUCAUUCAUGCCACAAUAAAAAUAAAACAGGAGUUUAUGUGCUCUUAAAAAAAAGAUGUGGGUUGCCACCAACCGGUUUUUUGUUUUUGUUUUUUGUUUAUUUUAUUUUAUUUUUUUGCAUUCUCCUUUUUCAGUAUUACUGCCAUGCAAGGCACCAAUAAAAACAGCAAAUGUGUUCUUUAC